AUGCCGGGAAUUGAUCGAGACAUAGUACAAGACAAAAUCCCCACAGACCCUAACAUGAGGCCAGUAAAACAAAAGAAGCGUCGCCUUAGGCCAGAAUGGGAAGAAAAGAUAGCUCAAGAGGUGAAAAAGCUCAUUGAGGCUGAUUUCAUUGAAGUAAUUGAGUAUCCCGAGUGGUUAGCCAACAUUGAGCCAGUCCCCAAGAAGGAUGGGCGAGUUCAGAUGUGUGUAGAUUAUAGGGACCUGAAUAAGGCUACUCCUAAGGAUGAUUUCCCAUUGCCUCACAUCGAUGUGCUUGUUGACAGUGCUGCUUGCAUGGCCAUGUACUCUUUCAUGGAUGGUUUUUCGGGAUAUAAUCAGAUCCUCAUGGAUUUGAUAGAUAAAGCAAAGACAGCUAAAUGGGGGACUUAUUGUUAUAAGCCAGUAGUGUGGAAUGAGCAAUGUCAAGAGGCAUUUGAAAAGAUAAAGCAGUUCCUGAGCAAUCCACCAAUUUUGUCAGCACCCAUCCCCAGCAUCCCUCUAAUCCUCUACCUAUCAGUGAAAAACAUGGCCCUGGGGGCAAUGUUGGCACAAGAAGUAGAGAAUCUGGAGAGAGCCAUCUAUUACAUCAUAUCUCGGAUGGAUCCUUUAAAGUACCUAUUUGAAGUACCGAUGCUAGUUGGAAAAUUAUCCAAAUGGUUGGUCCUACUGUCUGAAUUUGAUAUUGUGUAUGAGACUCGAAAAACCAUCAAAGGGCGUGUAGUGGCCGAAUUUCUUUCUGAAAAUCCAGUUAAUGAAGAGGAAGAAGUCGAAACAGCCUUCCCGGAUGAGAGUCUCAAGCUAGUAGAGGUCCAGCCAUGGAAAAUGUACUUUGAUGGGGCCAUGAAUAAGAGCGAAGCCGGUAUAGGGGUAGUUUUGGAAGCACCGAAUGGAGAACAAUUGUUAAUGUCAAAAAGGCUAUGUUACCCAACCACUAAUAAUAUUGCAGAAUAUGAGGCUUGCAUUUGUGGCUUAGAGGCAUUAAUAGCUAUUGGGGCUAAAAAAGUGGAGAUGUUCGGAGAUUCAAUGCUAGUGGUUUCCCAUGUUAAAGGUGAAUGGGAAUUGAAAGAAGAAAAGUUGAGGCCAUACCUAGAGUAUGCUAAGAAACUAUUAUUUAGCUUUGAGGAAGUGACAAUGAAGCACAUGCCUAGAGCUCAGAACCAGAUGGCUGAUGCUCUAGCCACGCUGGCAUCCUUAUGGGAGAAGGGUGAUCAGAAGCUGACCCAGCCAGUUAUCCUGAUGAGGAGUAGAAUCCCAUGCUAUGAAGGGUUAAUAAUAGCACAUUUAGAUCUAGAAGAUGAGAUGAAAUGGUAUGAGGACAUAGGAAGAUAUUUAGAGGUAAGAGAAUACCCACAGUCAGCCAAUAGUAGGGAUAGAGCUACAAUUCGUAGAUUAGCCACUCAGUUCACUUUGGCUGGGGGGCAACUCUAUAAAAGGUUCUUCGAAGGACUAUUGCUCUUGUGUGUGACAAAAAAGCAGUCUGAGCAGAUAAUAGAGGAAGUACAUGCAGGAGUGUGUGGUCCUCACAUGAACGGAAGGGUAUUAGCUGGCAAAAUUUUAAGAUUGGGCUAUUACUGGUCUACCAUGGAUACUGACUAUGCUAAAUUUGUGAAAAGAUGCCAUGAGUGCCAAAUCCAUGGAAAUUUGAAUUACCUACCGUCUAGUGAACUCUACACUCUCCACCACCUUUGGGAAGCAAACAGUGUUGCCGAUUCCUUAGCUAAACAGGGUGCUUUUCGAGCCUCUGAACUUAUUGCUUCCCUCUGA